UGAUAGAAGCCGCAGUCCUCCAUGCCUAGUUCUCCUGUGUGAGUUGAUGUCAGGCUCAUUCUGACUCAGUAUCUUGCUCUCCACUUGUCUUCUGCAAGCCAUGUGGCUCUACCUGGUGGCUCUCCUGGGCCUGUGGAACCUCCUACGCUUGCUCAGGGAGAGGAAGGUGGUGAGCCAUCUCCAAGACAAGCAUGUCUUCAUCACGGGCUGUGACUCGGGCUUUGGGAACCUGCUGGCCAGACAGCUGGACAGGAGAGGCAUGAGGGUGCUGGCUGCAUGUCUGACAGAAAAUGGAGCUGAGGAGCUGAGAAGGAAGACAUCAAACAGGCUGGAGACAGUGAUCCUCGAUGUCACCAAGACAGAGAGUAUUGUGGCAGCCACUCAGUGGGUGAAGGAGCGUGUUGGGAACAGAGGACUCUGGGGCCUGGUCAACAAUGCUGGUAUUGCUGUCUUUGCUUUCAAUGAGUGGCUGAACAAAGAGGACUUUGCAAAGGUGCUGGAUGUGAACCUGUUGGGCAUGAUCGACGUGACCCUGAACAUGCUGCCCUUAGUGAGGAAGGCAAGGGGCCGUGUGGUCAAUGUCUCCAGUGUCAUGGGUCGAAUAUCUCUCUUUGGUGGUGGUUAUAGCAUCUCCAAGUAUGGUGUAGAGGCCUUCUCAGACUCCCUCAGGAGGGAGCUCUCCUAUUUUGGGGUGAAGGUGGCCAUUAUAGAGCCCGGAGGCUUCAAGACUGCUCUGUCCAGUAACGACAGGGUAUCAUCAGCUCUCAAGAUGCUGUUUGACCAGGCCAGCUCGGAAGUCAAAGAGAACUAUGGAGAGAAUUUUUUGUCAUCCUACCUGCCAACAGUGAAGUCAUUGAUGGAAACGUGCUCAGAGGACCUUACUUUGGUGACGGACUGCAUGGAGCACGCGCUGACUUCCUGUCACCCUCGCACUCGGUACUCAGCUGGCUGGGAUGCCAAGCUCGUCUACCUCCCCCUGAGCUACCUGCCCACCUUCCUAACAGAUGCCAUAGCCUACUUGAGCUCUGUAAAACCUGCCCAGGCUCUGUGAAAUCUGCACUUGUAUGCAGAAUUGUAGAAGUAAGGUGGAUGGAGGGAGCUAAUGGAACUAGCAUACAUUGUUUAUCAUAGUCAUUAAAAAUAAUUCUGCUUUCAUAAUAGUCAAGACCAGUGAGGUCCGGAGGAAAGAUCCAAAGAAUUCUGCCGAGGAAUAGGGACACAAAGGUGCUGGCAGUGACUUGUUAAGUUAGGGAGCUUCCCAAGGCUCUGAGCAUCAUGGCCUAUUGUGAGACUCCAUAGAACUGGGAGAGGUUGUGAACACCUAGGACAUGCUUUGCCUCCAGCCCCUUUCCUCAGGAGAUGCACGGGCCUGACUACUCACACCGUCAUGUGAUGUGGAAAGAACUCACUUCCCAAUCACCUUUGUCCAUGGUGUCAAGCGGGAAGGCCA